AUGUCCACUCGUAAGACGAAAACUACACGUUCGUCGGGUCCCAUUCGGGUAAAUCUUAGAAAUUGUUUUAUAUUUUAUGUCUACAUAAACAUAUUGUUUUUAUUAGAAUUCUCGAUGUUUCCAACCAUGAUUCCGAAUUUUAAAGUGCGUCAGCUAGAAGCCGAAAAUAAUCGCCUGACGGUACAGAUCAAAGAUAUUGAAAUAAUCGAAAAAAAGGAGAGAAACAAUUUAGCGGAACGUUUCGAAGCUGAGCGUACACGUCUUCGCCAAGCUUUGGAGGAUGCGCGUGAGCAAGCAGCCAAGUAUGCCGUUGAACGUGACUCAGCUCAAGCUGAACAUGAGCGCCUUGCUUCAAAAGUUGGAAAAUUGGAGAGAGAUUUGAAGAAGUCUGAAGAUGAGCGCUUGUCGGCAUUAUCAUUAGCGGAGUCAAGCACAGCAAAACAGAAGACAUUGCAGAACAAGCUGGACAAGGCGGUAACUCAGGUGGAUGAUAUGGAAAAAGAGCUUGCGCGUUUACGUAUGCAACUUGCCGCUUUGCAAAAGAAUCUUGAGGAUGAAAGUGUGUUGCGCGCUGCAGCAAACGCGAAAAUUCAAGCUCUUACCGAGGACUUGGAGUUUCUUAAAAAGCAACAUAAAUCGGCCCUAGAAGAGGUGCGCCAUAAACGCCAAGUGGAUAUGACAACAUAUGCGAAGCAGAUCAAUGAGGAGUAUCAGUCUAAGCUCCAAGAUCAACUGGCUGAAAUGCGUGCACGUUUUCAAGCUCAGCUCGCUGCUAGCAAGAGUGCAUUUGAAGAAUCCUAUAAAAACAAGCUCAAUGAUGCCCGUGAAAGAGCUGAAGCGGCUCAUGACGAGGCUGCUCGAAUGCGAGUUCGCGUGCAUGAGCUGGAAAAGAGCGGUAGUACACAUGACGCAGUGGUCACGGAUUUGAAGGAGGAUAUGGAUGCUGCCAGAAGGUCGUGGCAAGAAAGGCUUGAUGGAAAGGAUCUCCGUAUUGCCGAGCUGAACCGUGAGAUUCAACGUAUGAUGGACGAGUUCCAUGAUUUGCUUGAUGUCAAAAUUCAACUAGACACCGAACUCAAUACUUAUCGUAUGCUGCUUGAGGUAUGUAGUGUUUCUAAUUUUCUGUUUCUAGCUCAGCGUUGCGGUUGUAUUACUAAAUUUCUAGGUAGUUCUCAGCGUGGUGCCAAGAGGGCAAGAAUUGAAUGGAAUGGUGAUGAUGACUUAGAUUUUCAUCGUCUGAGCCAGAGAAUGCAAAAGCAUGUUGAUGGUCCGGUUGGUAUUGAUGAAAUAGAUCCAAAUGGACAGUGGGUGCGCAUUGCUAACAGUACCGACGAGGAAGUCAGUAUUGCACAUUGGAAGCUUCUAGUUCGUGCUGGUGGUAAAGAAGUAUCCUACCAGUUUAAUACACGCAUGAAACUUGAUCCCCAUGGCCACGUUACAGUUUAUUCCGCUGAUUCUGGUGAAAAACAUCGCCCACCAACCGAUUUUGUGAUGAAGAAGCAGAGUUGGCCUAUUGGCGAUAAUCCAUCUGUACGACUCGAGGAUCACGAAGGAGAUUUGAGGUCCUCAGUUACAUUCGAAUCCGAUGAGUCCACCGACCCCUCGGAUCCAGCCGAACGGUGUUCUGUCAUGUAA